GAAGUAGCUGCGCUAAUUUGCUUACUUCAGACGCAGCCGCUCUAACGCCUCCGUCCACUUUCCUGGGUGGUGAAGAGGAGGAGUAGGAGAGUAAUGGGAGCCAUCAUUUCCAGGUGGAAGGCGAAACCUUCCACAGUGGAACUUCUGGAGGAGUUAGAUAAGGAAAUUAAGGACCUGGAGGAGUUCCGUGGGAAGAACCAGCGCAUGCAGAAGAUAUGGGUUGGCCGACUGCUCUUCUACUCGGCCACUCUGUAUCUCUUCACCUGUUUGUUUGUUUAUUACCUUUACCUGCCUGAAGAGUGGAGCGGCCGCCUGGUCACCGCUCUGCCUCUGAUCGCCUUCCCGGCACUUGUGUGGUUCGCACGCAAGCUGCUCAUCAUCCUCUUCUCCAAACGCACAGAAAGAAACAAUGAAAAAUUAGAGGACCUAAAGUCAGAGAAAAGAAAAAUACUUGAAGAGGUGAUGGAAACCGAGACCUACAAAAAUGCCAAGUUGAUUCUGGAGAGAUUCGACCUGGAGUCAAAGAACAAAGCGGAAGCGGAAGCUACUCCGGUUCGACCCCAAAUGACUCCCAAACCAGGACAAGAGGUUCGGCAACGUCAUGUUGCCAUGGCCACGCCUGGGCCCAUGUCCCGCCCUGCGCCACCUGGAGCCACUCCCCUCCGCACUGCCCCUGGUGGCCCUCCUGAGAAUAUCCUCGGAGCUUCAGUAUCAAGUCCGGCACUGAGCAGCAGCAUGGAGACGCCGCCGCAAAUGAGGAGGAGUAUGAGCCCUUAUUCACCUGUGCUGGGAACAGGCAUGCACCCCCCAGGUCCGCCCAUGGCGCGACCCAUCCUCCCCCGAGAGCGCAGUGCAGUGGACCGGGUCAUCGAGUACCUAGUGGGAGAUGGACCUCAAAACAGAUACGCUCUGAUUUGUCAGCAAUGUUUCUCACAUAAUGGUAUGGCCUUGAAGGAGGAGUUUGAAUAUUUAGCCUUUCGCUGUGCCUACUGCUACUUCAUGAACCCAGCGAGGAAGACACGGCCACGAGCCCCCAGACUCCCCGAGUUCAACUUUGAACGGCAACUCUGCUCAGAGUCCCCUGACCCACAAUCCUCAGCGGCAUCAAACACUCCAGAGGAUAGCGAUGCCCAUGAAGAAAAUGUAAUGUCGAGUCGUCACCCCCAUUCCUCACUAGGUGUUACACCAUGGAGCAAAGUUCACAGUUUCAGCCGAGACCACGCAGAUGACGUGGCGCCCACUGCCUCUGCCGACAAACCAGAGCCGGAUGUAGACGAGGCCCCGCCCACAAGCGACAGAGGAGAGGAUUUGCCCUGCUCCGAGGAAGGCUCUGCCCCCAGAGGAGAGGACUUGCCCUGCCCUGAAGAAGACACCACCCCAAGAGGUGAGGACAUGCCCCGGCCUGUGGAAGGCUCCAACCCCUGUGAGGAAAUAGAAUCCGAUCUAAGUUCAGCUGCAGCUCUGGAUGCUUCAAAUGCUAUGCUUUGAAUUUUAUUUGCAAGUUUUAAGGGGCCUUUAAUUUAUUUCCUUUUGCUGAAAUGUAUUUGCACUAGAUUGUUUUGUGUUUUUUGCCAAGUUCUAGUAUUACCUGAAAAGAAACAAAAAAACUUGCACUCCUUUCAGCUUUGGUAUCUACUGUGUAUUGUAUUUAACACAGUCUAACUAACCACUGGGAGGUUCUGUAAACCUGGAACUGUCUAAAUUAAAGAGAGUUAGGAGUGUGUGUGUGUGUGGGAGUCAGUGAGUGUGUGAGUUAAAGAGCUGUGACGGUGUCAUUUUAACCCCAACUCUACAGAAGUGUUGAGGAAAGCAGAUUUUUAAAAUAUGGCCGGUUAGUAUCAGAGUCAGUAUGAUGAUUUAUUAUUUUUAUAAUAGGUUUUAAGUUUAGAGAAUUUUGCUCCAUUUUUGUCUAGACAGAUUAUUGUGUGGUAUUAUUUCUUUUGUUUACAGUUUCAGGUUAAACGUGUAAACUAUUUCGAUCAAUUUGCCAGUUGCACUCAUUUAAGUUUUACUGUUAUCCGUCUUGAUUGUGUUCUGAUUAUUUUGAAAUGCUUAUGGGUAUUUUUAAAAAUGUUUGGUGCCUUUUAUGUAAAAUGUAAAAAAGAAAAAUAACGAGCAUUGCUGGGACUCAGACACAUGUUUACACCUGAUCGUUUCAUGAUUGUAUCCGGAUACGAUGAUCACUGUAUGACAUGUUAAUAUCCUUUGCAAAUCUGCCAACUUCUUCUUAUUCCUUAUUAUCCGUUUGCUUUAUGGAAAAGGUUGCUGCAUCAAUAACUGGGUCGUAACAUGGUGUUAUGGAUGUAAUUACACUUAGAUAACAUUUACACCUGAGCAUUUCUACAUCAAAUAAUCUGGAUGUUCAAGGCGCAUGAAAUGAUGAGGCGUAAACAAUGUCAAGGGCUAGUUUAAACUGCUACUAAAAAAGCUACACGGCAAGACUCGACGUCAGAAGCUUCUGAGCAACUAUAGUGCGCCAAAUAAAAUGUGCAAUGCAUGUGUUUACUAUAGUGUUUGUUAGCACAUCGAAAUCAAGCUGUGGUGUCGUUUCAGUCGCUUGUGAUCGAGGUUUCCUAGUAAAUAUGUAAUUGGGUCUUGGUGUCUGAUUAUGAAUUUCAUAUUAGAAGAUCCUCCCAGCUGUUCUACACUACCAUGUUGUGUUUCUAUAGUACACAAUUAGCACACGGAAAAACUACAGCUUUUAUUUUGUGUAAUUUCUGUCUCGGUGCACGCAGAACCUCGAUAACUGUCUGUCUAUGCACACAAUAAAGGUCCUUUUCUAAACCA